AUGUUGCCCUUCCCAGACGGCCUGCGUCUCCCCACAGCUAGGGUACCACUCACAACCGCGACCUUCGUUUCUGGUGUUCUUCCACCAGUCGUAUGCUACUUCGCCGCAGCUUUUCUUGUCUUGCUUCCCCGAACACAGCCAGUCCGCAUUGUCUUAUGGCCCAUCACAGCGAUCCUCGCAUUUCGCGCUGCGAUGUCGCUAGAUGUGUCCAUGGGACAACCGAAAUAUAACUUCUUGAAUAGGCAGCUUCAACAAACCAUGUUUUUUAUUGCUGCACGCACCCUUGAAUGGACGCUGCAGACAAAACCUUUUAUUCGCAUGGCUCGGCGAUCGUCAAAACAAAAUUCCGUGCUCGACAUGUUUGAUUUGAUAUUUAACCUUCGAGGUUGCGGCUGGGACUGGUCGCAGGGACUGUACAUCCCGCCUGAGACACAUCCUACAUCCUCACGAUUGGCCUUUGCUACGUCCACCCUCGUCUCUGGUCUAAAGCACUUGUUUCUUUGCGGCGUGAUUAACUCUGCCGUGCAGUCUUUUUCGCCAGAGACGUUUCGUUCUGAUGAUGGUGGUACCAUCUUCGAUGAGUCACUUCCCCCGCACCUCCGUUAUCUACGGUCGAGCAUCAUAGCAACGCUAUGCGCAUUCAGCAGCUAUUCAGGACUCCAAAUCGGUUACGAGCUCACCGUAGUUCUUUGCGUACUGUUAUUGAGGCAGCAUCCAGACCAAUGGCCUCCCUCAUUCGACUCUCCCUGGCGCUCCACCUCUCUCAGAGAUUUCUGGAGCCGACGCUGGCACCAGUGGUUCCGUCGGCAAUUCAUUUUCUUGGGCGGACGCCCACUUUCUUUGCUCUUUGGGCGCGUCGGGGGCGUCAUAGGCGCGUUCCUCGUCUCUGGGUUUCUUCACCACGUCACACUAUUCGCCAUUGACCCGUCCUCGGAGAUGUGGCGCAUGGUGCUGCCAUUUGGAAUGAUGGGCGUUGGCAUGAUUAUCGAGCGUGCUGUUGCGGGCAAUAAGACAGGUGGCUGGAUGGGAUGGAUCUGGACGAUGUGCUGGAUGGUGUUGUGGGGAAACGUGAUGGUGGAUGGGUGGGCAAGAGCUGGGAUGUUUGGCGGUUCGACCAUUUUGGAUAACACGUUUCUAGUAGCCUUCGCCAUCCGCCUCAUACGCCAUUGA